AUGUCCACAGCUGCAAGCAACAUCCCGCCGAGUAUAACCAUCUACCGUGGCUGGAAAGAUUAUGGCAAGCAUGUCUGGUCUCCAUUUGUCGUCAAAUUGGAAGCCCGUCUUCGAUUUGCUGGCAUCAAGUACACGGUGGACGCAGGCUCUCCAAAGACGGCCCCUAGGGGGAAAAUUCCGUACAUUGAGUACAGUGAGCACUCAACUGCGUCAAGAGGCGACGUGACGCAGCUGAGCGACUCAACAAUGAUCAUCAAAAAGCUUUCGGAUUGGAAUGUGAUACCGGACUUCAAUGCAGAGCUCACUCCGGCUGUGAAGGCGCAAGAUAUGGCCCUGCAGGCCUUGCUCGAGGAUAAGCUUUAUUUCUAUCAUACCUGGGAAAGGUGGACGCAAAACUACUAUACCAUGCGCGAUCAUGUCUUUCACGCUCUACCUUACCCUGUGCGUCUCCUCGUAGGCAUGAUGGUGUAUCGUAGCACGGUCGCGACACUACAUGGCCAGGGCACCGGACGCUUUACACCCGAAGAGAUUACGGCAUUCCGGCAAGAGAUCUGGGUGGCUGUCAACGACCUACUCAUCGCAUCACGGUCGAAAUCUGAGAGGGCCAAGCCGAAUGAGCCAUUUUGGGUGUUAGGAGGUGACAGUCCAACCGAAGCGGACGCGACGUUGUUCGGCUUCAUCGUAUCAGUAUUGCUCUGCAGAGCGGCUCCAGAUUCGCAGAAAGUGGUAAGGGGGUUUCCCACUGUGCUGGCAUACGCCGACAGAAUACACGAUAAGUACUUCCCAGACUACGAGAAAUGGAAAGUUUAA